CCGCCGCUCUUCUCCCCCGGCAGGACCCGGAACCUGCUCCGCAUCGGGGUGAUCGAGAAGCCGCUGUGGUUCGACGUCUACGCUGCCUUUCCCCCGCUGAGGGAGCCCGUCUACCGGCUGGGCGCCCGGCCGCGCUACGGGAAGGUGAAGGAUGUCAUCCCUCCCAUCUUCUACCAGGAGGACGAAGUGCGAGCGAGAUUUUACAGAAUAUAUGGCAGUGGUCCAAGACCUUUCGACCUGUCGCAAUCAAACUACAAAUCUAUUUGCCAGAUGUUCGUUGAAAAGUUCAAUGAACUGAAAGAAGAAGGAAAAAUUGAAGAAGAAAAAUUGUUUGAAGAAACAGGAAAAGCCCUUUUAGCCAGUGGGGUAAUUUUACAGAGGAGAGGAACAGAUAAAGUAGCACGACAGGAUCAUCAGGAGGUUGAAACCAGGGAUUCCAUGUCGCACCUGCAGCUUCAAACUGCAUUGGGAGAGAAGAAAGAUGAGGAGGAGCAGACGCCAGAGUUGGCAGAAACUCAGAAGGAAAACCCCUCACCCUCCUAA